GCAGUGGGGACGAGAGAAGUGUAUGAGGAGGGUGCCAAACUGUACAUCUCAACAGACAGUCCACACCACCACUCUCUUACCAGCAUUGCAGCCGAAAUCAUUCCAGCUGUGGCCAUUCUCGCUAGAUAUCAUGGGAAUCCAAAGAUGGACAUUAGUGGCUAUAUCAGUGCUUCUGCUUCUUUCAACAUUAACAGAUGCUCUGGUGCCAGUACGGGAGUCUGAGUCCAGCAGUCUAUCCCAAGAGCCUGACCAGAGCCCUGAUAUUUAUCCCUCCUUCCUGUGUGCCUCCCCUGGCCCUUCACCAUCCCUUCCAUCCUCAGUGCACAAAAUAAGGCCAUCAGAUGUGGGUGUGGUGUCCGCUUUGGGAUUGUACAGUCCACAAGCGACUCACGUUUUCUACAUGAUGGCUGAGAUCUUGUCCCUAUUUAAUCCACAUCUGGCCACCGUGCUUCCAGAUGUGUCUACCUUCAAAAACAGGGAUCCACUUGAGCAAGCAGAGGAUUUGGCUUUGUCCCUCAGCAGUCAUGAGUUUGUGGAAGGAGAGCAGGUGUGGAGGCUCCUGCUUGUGUUCGUCAGUGUGGAUGAGCUCCAAGUCUGCCCAGGCCAGGAGGAUGGAGCUGUGUCCUCAGCCACAAAGAAGGUGGAGGUGAUGCUGAGCACCUUGCAGAGUCAGCUGCAUCACACCCUGGUCCGUGUUGUAUUGUGGAGCGAAAACAGUGAAGUCAUCCACACCUGUGAAGAUGUUAGCAGCUCAAACAGAGGCACACUGGAGAAAGCAAUACUAACUGGUGCUCUGCAGGAGUCUUUGUCAGAUUUAUUAGCAGCUCGUCAGUGGUUUGGUAAGAGAGAUGACUUCAGUGCUGUGCUGGUCUCCAGUCCCCUCACCACUAACCAGACGACUGACCAGCACACCCUGCGACUUUGGGCUGAGAUGCUGCAGCCAAUGAAGGAUCAGCCUGGAGUGUCUGGUGACGACCUCACAAGGAUCGUCUGUCCCACUGAGGAGAUGCCGUACCUACGCACCCAAGAAAACUCCCCAUCAGGCUCCCGAAUGAGCACAGACUCACAAACAGCACCCCGACUGGAUCCUAAAACUGGUAGUGAACUCCCCUGUGUAGACCACCCCUCCCUUUCAACCCCCACCUCAGUUCAUGCACUGCGCCCAGGCGAUAUUAAAGUGGUUGCAGCCUUGGGUGACUCCUUGACAGCAGCCAAUGGUGCAGGAUCUGCUCCCAGCAAUCUCUUAGAUGUCAUGACUGAGUACAGGGGCCUGUCAUGGUGCAUUGGGGGCGAUGAAAACCUCACCAAUGUUACCACUCUUCCCAACAUCUUGCGUGAAUUCAAUCCGUCACUGGUGGGCUUUGCACUGGGGACAGGGAGUGAAAACUCCCCCACGGCUUUUCUCAACCAGGCUGUACCUGGAGCCAAUGCCCAUGAUAUGCCAGCGCAGGCACGUGUACUCAUUCAGAGGAUGAAGAAUGACUCAAGAAUCGAUUUCCAGAAUGACUGGAAGAUGAUUACCAUGUUCAUCGGAGGCAAUGACCUGUGUGACCACUGCUCUGACAGCCUGUACUUCUCAACUGCGAACAUUGUGAGUCGUGUCAAGGAGGCUCUGGACAUCCUUCAGGCAGAGGUGCCCCGAGUUUUUGUAAAUCUUGUUGAGGUGAUGAAUAUUGUGCCUUUGAGACAACUGCACCUGGACACAAGUGUCAACUGCCCCACAUUUCUGGUCAACAUUCUUUGCCGGUGUGUGUUGAAGCCCAAAGAGGGGACUCAGGAGCUCCAGACACUUGUGGAUACCAACAGAGACUAUCAGCGUGGUAUGAGGUAUCUGGUGGACUCGGGUCGUUAUGACAAACACGACAACUUCACAGUGGUAUUGCAGCCCUUCUUCAGAGAGGUUGUGAUCCCCCUGCUGGAGGAUGGGCGGCCAGAUCGGUCUUACUUCUCGCCCGACUGUUUUCACCUCAGCGAGAAGGCUCACAGGCUGAUGGCUCGAGCUCUCUGGAACAACAUGCUCGAACCAGUAGGCAAGAAGACAUCCACAUACGAUUUCUCUGCAGCCAUAUCUCUGCAGUGCCCAUCGCAGGUAGGCCCCUAUCUGCGGACCUACAAGAACAGUGACUACACAUACCCAGAACCUCCUACUAGUCCACCUCCGGUCAAUAACUGGGGCAGUGAUUUCUCCUGUACAGAUACAGCUCCCUCCCCCACCGUGCCCACGUCAGUUCACAGACUACGACCUGGAGAUAUUAAUGUGGUGGCCUCACUGGGAGACUCAGUCACAGCAGGCUUUGGAGCAAAAGCUAAUAAUAUACUGCAGCUGCGAAAUGAGGAGCGAGGAGUAUCAUGGUGUAUUGGAGGAGAUGAGACCUUGGAGACAGUCUCUACUUUACCAAAUAUUCUGAAGAAGUUCAACCCUGAUGUCUAUGGUUUCUCCAAGGGGCGGGGUGGAAGGCCAAAUGGUUUUAACGUGGCAGUUAGUGGGGCUAAAGCAGCAGGGAUCCCAGGACAAGUACAAGAUCUGAUUACAUUAUGGAAGAAUGACAAGAACGUGAGCUGGGAGAAUGACUGGAAACUUGUGACUCUGUUCAUUGGAGGAAAUGACCUGUGUCAGUACUGUAACGACAGGGCCAGCCUCUCGACUUUGAACUACAGAAAUUACUUGAGGGAAAGUUUGGACAUUUUGUACAAUGAGGUACCCAGAGUAUUGGUAAAUGUAGCAGAGAUUCUGGAAAUUGAAGACUUGCGUAAAAUCAAGGGCAAUGGUCUGGGUUGCACAGUUCUACAACCAAACCUGUGCCCAUGUUUCUUGAUACCUGGAGAGAAUUCUCCACAGUUAUAUGAAAUGAAGAGGAUCAACAGAGAAUUGCAAGUACUAACUGAGGCUUUGGUCAAUGGGGGACGCUACGAUGGAAGAGAGGACUUUGCUGUGGUCAUCCAGCCUUUCUUCCAGAAAACUAUCGUCCCUAUGAACAAUGCUGGCCAACCAGAUAUCGAUUUCUUCUCUGUCGACUGUUUUCACUUCAGUGAGAGGGGCCAUGCAGGGAUGGCCAUAGCACUGUGGAACAACAUGCUGGAACCAGUGGGCAGCAAGCAAAUCUACAACAACUUCACACACGACCGCAGCAAGAUCCAGUGUCCUACAAAGGAUCGUCCCUUCAUCUUCACCCGUGUGAAUAGCGCCUCUCUGGGGACCACCACUUCUCCUGUGACCACCACUUCCGCUCAUGUUCCUGACACUCCGGCGCCCGUGGAAUGCUCAUACGCACUGCCUACAUGGGCCACUGCACUGCUGACCUGUGUGGGCCUGCUGAUUGGCUGGGCGGUAACUUCGCUGUUCUUUCACUGCCGUGAGCGCAGGAGUAGGAGGAAGACAUUAGCCCAUGUGGAGAUAAAGACCUCAAAGUUCUGAUGCAGAGAAAUCAUCAUCAUCAUCAUCAUCAUCAUCAUCAUCACCAUCACCAUCACCAUCAUCAUCAUCAGAAUCAGAAUCACCUGACUCUGCAAGCACACAAACACACAUGUGCGCACACAGCUUCUCCACCUACACCACUCACAAUCUUUCACAUUCUCAUUGUGUGUGUUUUUGAUAUUAUUUAAUUUGUUUGUUGUGAAGAUUGGUGUUGUAUUGUACUUGGAUGCUCUCACAAUUCUAAAUGUUUUACUGUGCUCUACCAUAUCAGCUCUACUCUCUAAUUCUUCUAAUAUUAUGUGUAAAUACUUAAUAGAAUGUAAUAAAUGUAAGAUACAGUGUACUAUCU